UUCUCUCUAACUUUUUCUCUUCACUAUCUCCUCUCUGUUCAUCCUGUCAUCUAGCUGGUGUCUCUGUGGUUUUUAGCUUCAAAACGUUCCUCGCAUGCGACUCCAGCCUUUACAUGUUGAAUGGCGUUGUCUCAAACCGUUUCUAAACCAUCUACUAUUCACCUGCCCAUCUCCUCUUCCCAUCACUCCUCCCUUCCUCCUCCAGACCUCCAAGAUGGUCAGAGUUCACAACACCCAGUACUCCCUCUUCCUGCGCCAGGCAGAUGUCCUGCGUCGCUCGGGGACGCUGUGUGAUGCUGUCAUCUCAGUGGAGAGCCAGGUGUUCAGGGCCCAUCGGCUGGUGCUGGCCUGCGCUAGCAAAACCCUGGAGCAUCAGCUCACCCUGCAGGCUGCAUACUCAGACCAGCCUGAUCGCCUUGACCAACCUUACCACUGUAGUCUGGAGCUCCUCUCUCCACAAACAUUCCAGCAGGUCCUGGACUUUGCCUACACCGAGACCCUGGAGGUCCCUGUGGAUGAUCUGCCCCAGCUUCUGAGGGCCGCCAAGCUCCUGGAGAUGCAUUCCCUGGAGGAGCAGUGUCACAGCCAGCUGAAGAGAAAUCGGGGGUGCCUGACGAGAGAGAGAAGAGAGUUGAGAGAAAUAAGAGUGAGAGGAACAAAAGAAACUAGAGAAAUGAGAGAAACAAGAGAACUUCAGAUAACAGAGGAGAGAGAUGAUAAAGAAUUCCUGAAAGGAAGUCACAUUCCAGAAGAUGGGGAUCCCCAGACAAUUCCCUCCAUUGAUCUGGAGCCCCAGAGCAGCCCAUUCACUGAGGACCCCACUCUUCCUGACACUAGGGAUAACACCUCUGGUUCAUCACCCCCACAGAGAAAAAGGCCAAAGCCACUCACACCCACACUAGUGGCCACCACACCGCCUCCAUCCAGAGACAGUGUCAUCGCCACCACUGCUGCCACCAUCCAACCCCCUCCUCCUCCCCCAGCGUCGAGGGUCAUGUGGCACCAAGUCAACACUCUGAGGAGGAUGGCCUUGAACUAUAACGACAUCCUAGCAGCCAGUUCCUCUUCCCUUCACCCCUCACAGCACCUGGUGACAUACCCUUUCCAUCUCUCCUCUCCCCACAUGUACCCCCUGCUAAUGUCCUCCAUCCCGCCCCAGGUCCACAGCGCCGUCCUGGGCUACCCUGGUAUCCUGCAUCCAUACCACCACCCCCUGCUCUCUGGGUCUCAGGAGCUGGGGGACAUCCUGACGCAAGGUUUGCUGGGAAAAAGAGACCCGAUGGAUAAAGUGUUGAUAGGUGGAGCACCAGGGGAAGGGCAAAGAUACUCCCAGGAGCAUCCAGGAAGAACCGAGGACUGUCAGCACUGCAGCAAGGUCCUCCUGGGCAGCUCAUGGCUGCAGGCCUCAACCAGCAACCCCUCAGGCUCAGGUGAGACUUCUCUGGGGUGUAAGUACUGUGAUCGUGGCUUCAGGGUGGAGCGGUCACUGCUGUCCCACCGGCGAGAUCAGGGAGGAGAGAAGCCCUACCAGUGUAAUCGCUGCUCCAAGAGGUUCAGCCUCAAACACCAACUGGAUACACACCACCGGGUACACACAGGAGAGAAGCCUUUUGAGUGCCGUCUGUGUGGCCAGCGGUCAAGGGACUACUCAGCCAUGAUCAAGCACCUGCGGACCCACGGCGGGGCCACACCCUACCAGUGUACUGUCUGCCAGGAGUUCUGUAGCAGCCUGGCUGCCAUGCAGAAACACCUGAAGAACCACCCGCUGCAGGACUUCCCCCCAGGCUGGACCAUCAGCAGCACCUACCUGUACACAUGCCAUACCUGAGCUAGCUUGAAGGCAAAUGUAAUGUCAACAGAGAAUCAUUUUACUACCAAACAACUACAUCUCAGGGAAACUAACUCAUAGAAUGUAAUGUACAUACAUGGUAACAAGACAC